AUGCUGAGCUCAUCGACUCGUCGUCUAAUUUUCCAUCGAUUCUCCUCUUCGGCCAAACAAUCCGCUAAAUUCGAUCUCAAAAAAUUCGACUUAUACAAACUCGCCAAAGGCCCGAAUUCGACAACUACACUAACCAAGGAAGAUGGAUUGUAUUACUACACUCAAAUGAAGACUUGUAGAGAAAUGGAACUCGCUUGCUCACCACUAUUCCGGGAUAAAUACAUCAAUGCCUCGUGUCAUUUGUACAGUGGACAAGAAGCUUGUGCAGCCGGUAUUUUAGCCGGGUUAAAGUAUGAGGAUAAGGUGAUUGGGAGUUAUCGUGGACAUGCUUGGGCACAUUUAUGCGGAGCUACUGUCAGACACGUGUUGGCUGAGUGUACUGGUGAGUUUGACUAGAGUCUAGUUUCGGUUUAGUGCUAGUUUCAAUGGUAUUGAAGAAUAACUUGUACUUUAAAGGCUACCAGAAACGAUAGAUAAACUAGAGUCUAGUCUACGGAGGUGUACAUUGUACACUGUACAAUGAGUCAACUAAGUAAAGUCUAGCUUAGUUUUCAAAGUGACAAACUAGAAAAAUAUGAUGACUAGAGUCUAUUUUGUUUUUCGAAGGAGAAAAAUAAGUUGGAAUUUUCAAAUAUCAAAAUUUGUUUCUGACGAAUUUACUAACCUGAGCAACAGAGGUUUUUGAGCAACAAAAUUGCAGGCCGCGCCUCUGGAAACGUGCACGGCAAAGCCGGCUCAAUGCACAUGUACACUGACCGGUAUUUCGGAGGAAAUGGGAUUCUCUGUGGACAAGUUCCAAAUGGAACAGGAAUGGCUUUAGCCAUGAAACUUCGCAAGGAGAAAAAUCUGAUGGUCACGGUGUUUGCCGAAGGAACUUUUAACCAAGGACAAGUUUUCGAGUCAUUUAAUAUGGCAAAAUUGUGGGAUUUACCUGUUUUGUUCGUUUGUGAGAAUAAUCGAUAUUUGAAGUCGACUUUGAGUGAAACAUUGACACCAAAUGCGGAUUAUUAUACAAGGUGAGGAAAAACAUGCAUUUUUUGGAGCUUGGUGUACAAAAAAAAAUUUUUUUGUUUAGCAAUUUUUGCUAAACCACUUUGGUGAAGUGAAGAACUUUUCAGAAAAACCAGACCUGUCGUUUUUGGGCGGCCGGGCCAGAAUUCAAAAAAUGCGGGCUAUCUCGACCCUCCGGCCCUUCUUUUUUUAUGACAAGCUGUUUCAGCCCUUUUUUCGGCCCUUCAGAAAUUUUAGAUGAAAAUUCGGGAUUUUUACAAAUGGAUGAUUUUGCUCAAAUUUUCUGCAUUUGGGCGAAUUUCGUAAAUCAGAAUAACUUAUAUUGGUGUUAGUGCACCAACAUUUCUUCGAAGAACUGUUUUGGUGCAGGAUAGUAAUGGUGAAAAAUUAUAAAUUGAGAAAAUUUUAGAAUUGUAUUUUAAUUUUAAAAAUCCAUAAUUAGAUACACAAAAUUCGAAAGAAACACCAUUGAAAAAUAGUGGAUUUACACAAUAAACUUUGUUGGAAAGGCCGGGCUGAGCCAGCCCAUUUCUCCCUAUUCGGGCUGGCUAGCCCGGCCCUUCAAAUGGCUGGCCCGAGGGCCGCAAAUAGCCGCAAAACACACCUGACGAGACGUGCCCAACAGGGACACUGUACAUUUUUUUCAAAAGUCACACUGCAUUUUUUUUCAAAAAAUAACUUUGUUUCCUUUUCACCAACAUUUAACCUGGGGAAAUAAAUGCGCAUUUAGUUCAGUGGUAGGCCAUUUUGCUAGUGUUCAGAAGGCCCAGGUUCGAAUCUUCAUUCGAACUAAACUUUUUUUUAUUUUUGCUCAACUUCAAAAACAACUUCAGCUUGCUAAUUUUUCGAAGUUUCUCGGUGAAAAUCAACUCAGCAGACUUCGUUUUAGUGUAGUAACACAAUGUGCAGUGUGGAAUUUACGUGACUGCUUAGCAAACCAUAGUGUCACUGAAAUUUCGAAAAAAUUGACUUUCUAUGGAAAAACUUCAAAUUCCACACUGCACAUGGGUAAAUUCGAAAACUACGCUUAAAAAUACACCAACUUUCUGAAUAUACCAACCCUUGAUAUGUGCUCGGAAAAAAAUGCCAUCCGAUUCUUUGUAAUGUCCAUAUUUACCAUUGAAAUGGACACUCCAAAAUAACAGCGAAAUAGGGCAUUUCCACACUGCACUCAUGGUGUUCCACACUACCUAUGACCUUAGAAAUCUAUUGGAAAAAAAUCAACCAUAUCCGUUAAGCCUAAGCUUAGUUAUCCUAACUUCAAAAUUUGAGCAAUGUUGCAACGCAUUCGUUUAAAAACAGUUUCCUUUCCACCAACAUUUUCCCAUUGGGAGAAAAGAGAGAUGUGGCCGAGAGGAUAGCAUUUUAGACUGGCGAGCAUGAGACCAGGGUUCGAAUCCUCCUGCCCGCGGAGUUUUUUUUUCGAAAAACUUAAAAAUUUCACGCUGCACAUUUUUUUUUGAAAAAAAUUUUCACACUGCACAAAAAAUUUGGGACACUCUCUCGUCAGGUGUGCCGCAAAACGACAGGUUUGAGAAAAACAAUAAAAAAAUCAGAAAGCGCGCACAGUCUUCCAAAUUUUCUUCCAGAGGCGACUAUCUUCCCGGAAUCCGCUGCGACGGAAUCGACAUCCUCACAGUUCGUGAAGCCGCCCGUUUUGCUCGCGAAUACAUGAUGGCUGGAAAAGGCCCGCUUCUCCUCGAACUCCAAACCGAAAACCAAGGUCACAUGGAACUUGGCACCGGUCCAACAAGAUGCCCGCCAAAAGAUCCAGUUAUAGAAUUUCAGAAGAAAUUGUUGGAUUCUGGUUUGGCGAGUGAAGACGAGUUGAAGGCAAUCGAUGAGAAGAUCAAGACAAUCGUUGAAUCGGCGUCGAAUCAUGCGAAAACUGAUCCGUUUUUACCGCAUGAUGCGUUGUACACAGAUGUUUUUCACAAUACGCCAAGUCACGAAAUUCGAGAUUGUGUGAGAAUUGUGAAGCCGAAAUAUACUGAGACUAGACAAAUGACUUUUGAUCAAGAAUAA